AUGCACUCAGAUUCCGGCGAGGUACCCGCCGAUGGCGAGAAAACCUCCGUCGAAAACAGCAAAAAGCGAAAGGUUAAGACUCCUAUCCAAGUUAUGGCGCUUGAGAAUUUCUACAAUGAGCACAAGUAUCCAUCCGAAGAAAUGAAGGCUAGUCUAGCAGAGGAAGUAGGACUAACCGAGAAGCAAGUCUCAGGCUGGUUCUGCCAUAGAAGGUUAAAGGACAAACGUUCUGUGAAAGAAGAAGGGAACAUUGGGAGCCAAGAUCGAUCAAGCGUUGUUCUUCAGGAUCGUGGAAGUGGGCUUAGACAGGAUUCGUGCGGUAGCACUAAGCAAACGGAUUAUUUGACCCCAAAGCCAAGGGAAGUUGAAAGCCAGAGGCUUUACGAAGGCUCUAACAUGGGAAAUGCUGAUGGUGAAGAAGAUAGUACGUCUUCUGAACGUAGCUCAUCGUUGCAUAAAAAUCUUGUCUCUAGCAAAGAUGGUGUCCGUGAGCGUGAUGUGGAAAGUUCUAGAUAUGUUGCACGUAAUGACGUUAUGCAGCGUCCUCAGGUGAUGAGGAGCUAUGGGUAUAAUAAGCCUUCGGGGUACUUGAAAGUGAAGGGAGAGACUGAGAAUGUUGCUAUCACUGCUGUGAAGAGACAGUUAGGAAGACAAUACCGAGAGGAUGGUCCACCUCUAGGGGUUGACUUUGAUCCUCUUCCUCCUGGUGCAUUUGAGCCUCAGACUAAUGUUAUAGUUCAUGAGCCAGUUUAUGUUGGGAAUCAAAGACGGCCUCACCCUCCAUCUUUCACUGGGACUAAGAAGAGCUUCAAUCCUAAUUCUAGCUAUGCAUUAGCUCGUAAAUCGAAGAUGCAUUCGCCAGAUCCAUAUUCGGAGGAGGAUGAUGAUGAUGAUGAUGGUGAUGAUGACAUGAUGGUUGGAAUGGAGCCUGGUCUAAGAGAUAAGCAGAGUCUUCGGGAACCAAGACUGAAAUCCUCUCCUCUCAGUUACUCCAAUCCAGUCUCUGGCUACAGAUCGCUAAAAGAGACAUUCAAAGGUUCACCCCGAGAGUUUCCUCUAACUAGCAUCAAGAAGAGUCGGAUCAGUUCCAAAAGUGGGGCUGAAGGUUCGAGAAACAAUGUGAUUGCCAACUACCAGAAUCUUUCUGGAAGCAAUGUUGAAACCAAUCAAACACAUCAUUAUAGCAAAAAUAUGUUCAAUGGUGGACGCAAGAGCGGACAUCUCAUUAAGUCUCCAAAGCUGUUGCCUCUUAGUAGAAGCCGAUCCCCUCCGUCUUCUGGGAUGGUGGGAAAGUAUCAUGGAGAGAGGAAUCUUAUGAACAUGUAUAGAGAGAAAUUGCAUUCGGCUGAUGAACCACCGGUUACCAAACAAGUGAAACAUGGCUAUCUUCAGCAAGUUUAUGCGCCAAAAUCAUCAAACAGCGAGAUUCUUGCACGAAAAGACCAACUAAAUCGGUCUGGUGUGGAAUUGCCCUCUAGUUUGAGUGGGGACGAGACAGAAGAUAGUAGCUCUUCUAUGGAUUAA